UUAAAUCUGUUCAUCGGUCAGAGUUGACAUUGUCAAAUUCAGAGAGCAAAUCCAGCUGUUGGUUGAAGCAGAGGAACGUGAAGCCAUUGACGCGAUAGAACAGGAAGCUUUCCUUUCCCUUACGCAUUCAUCUUCUUCCUUCCAAUCGGAAAACUCUUCAGCAAUGUCCGGUCAAUCCACGGCGGUGCAUAUCGUUUACACCGAGAGGCCUCACAAUGAAGAACCCGAGGCCUAUCACAUCCGAACCCUAGCUUCUGUUCUUGGCAGUGAAGAAGCUGCUAGGGAGGCUCUUGUGUAUAGUUAUAAAAAUGCUGCUAGUGGCUUCUCUGCUCGGCUUACUUCCGAUCAGGUUGCGGAGAUUACCAAACAACCAGGCGUUUUACAGGUUGUCCAGAGCGGUAAUAACAAGCUGCAUUCUGGAGGAGGAGGAGCAGCAAGGCUUCACUAGAACAUCAAAUUCUCCCUCUGGAGAUUGGUUUGUAGCCUAAAUAAAGUGCGUUUUGUGUAUAUUGGCAUUAUACUGUAUAGUCAUGUCACACACACACAUCUAUAUAAUUGUUUGUGCCUUUUAGCAAUUUACAAUUAAGCGAAUUUGCCUUUGUACUUUGUUUAA